UUUCUAACCCCUGGACUUUCCACCUCUGCUUUUUGUGGCAUUUUCAUGGUUUGGCAAAGCCAAAACUCACAUCAGAUGUGUUUAUAGAGGCCUCUUCUGACAGAAAGAGUGUAUUACAACACAAAGACCACGCUAUGAAUUGUGCCCCUUGUACAGGGCCGAAUUAUCCAUAGACGGGAUUGGGCGAGUGCCCUGGGGCACCAGCCAAUAGGGGGGAACCAUGUGAUUAAGAUAAUGUCUAGACUUUUAAAAAAAAAUGUCUUGAUUUUCCUGCUAAGAUAAAAACUGAGAUAAAGCGCCCUGCAAUAAAGCAAUAAAACUCAUCUGGAGAGAAGAUCUCAAAGAAAUAGCAUAGGACAACGCCUUGCCCUAAACUGUCCUCACACAUCUACAGUAUGCAAACCCACACACACACCCACACCCUCCUUCCUUUCCCCCUGACUCAAGUCACUGAAAGUUCUCCAAGAAUUCUAUGUAUAAUGUAUCUUGUAUAUCUAUUGUUUUUCCCUUUCAUGUUUGGUAUCAUUUUAAAUGUCCCUGUCCCAGUGCAAUUGGUAAAAUGGUCUCAAUUUCACAGCAGUCACUGGUAUUAUGAGGAAGAUUGAAAACUAAGGAGAAUUCUGUCCUCCUUUUGGGUGGUGUCUCUUCAAGAUAUCUGAAAACCCACUCCUCUCCCCCCAAAACAGGUGUUGGUGUAGUAAAUAUUUACAAUCCUUUUAUUCUGGUCUGGGUAUUUAAGGUAAGGUGCAAAGCAGUCAUGUGGGAUCUUCUGUAGCCAGACACCCCUAUGCAGUGAUGGGUAAGUGUCUUAAAAACACUAAUCCACCACUGUGUGUAUGUGCAUUUCUUACUCUUAGAGUCAUCUUUGAGCAACUGAUGUUAUGCAUUUAUUAUUUCUGAAUUGGCUUCUAAUUGUCCAACUAUGUAAUUGGCAUGAUACAUUUUUACUUGACAAAUAAAAUGUUAUUUGAUUUACUCUGGAUUCUUCUGAAAUCAUUAUGACCAGUAGAUUAUUGGAGUCCAUAUUUCCGCAAAUCUGCGUCAGGAUAGAUUCAAACUAAAGGCCCAUGAAAGGAGCAUGUUGGCACAUCAUGGGACUUUUUGAUUUUGUCUAUCAACUGGCUUAGCAAGUUGCAGUAUCGUGACUAAGAAAACUGUGUUUUUGUAUGAACAAGCAUGUGGUGGUUCUACUCAAAUGCAUUAGUAAACUCUGCACCCUCUGACUAAGAAUCAGAACUGGUGAAUUUGUGUCGUGAGAUCCAUGCAAACCCGGGGCAUGUGACCCUAAGUGAUAUGGGUCCGUAAUGAACGAAUAAUUAUAUGGGUAUGGGAUACCCAGAAUAAUCAAAUAUCUAAAUUAAUACAUAACCAAUGAUUAAUUUCUAAUUGUAAACACAACCUAAGAGUAAUAAUCAUUUGAAAUUGGAGUCAGAUUAAACGAGUCAAAUUAAGUGAACUUCACAAGGGCGCUGAAAAGACAUACACGCAUUAAACCUUCGCCCAGGCCGUCGGAUUCCAUUUUUGGGCCGAUGGGGGGUUUCUUACAAUAUUAUUUAGCUGGAAAGAUACGGAUACAAAAUGAACAGUUAAUGAUACAAUAUAUACAGAGAGAAUAUAAAAUUUGUGUGUGUAUAUAUAUAUAUAUAUAUAUAUAUAUAUAUAUACACACACAAAUAGUGGCCACUGCAUGAGCUCAUGUGCCUUAAAGAAACUUUGAACCUUGCUUUUUCCACACAACAGUGUCAUUAUUGGUGCUGACCAGAUGAGGUGCUUAAACAUGAUGGCAACAAGUUUUGGUUUUAGACAUAAGACCAAAAGGAUUUGAAAAAAAUUUCCCAAGGUGUUGACAUCAGAAAAUGAGAAAGUCCCCACAAACAGUUAUACUCUGCUUCUUCUGCAGACACUCAGUGAUCGUCGUCUUCAUCAUGACCAUCAUCAUCUCUCUGCUCCUGCUGGACUCUCUGCUGCCACACUUGACCUUCGCUGUGAUGAAUGGCAAGGAAGCCAACCUCCACUCCAGACCUUACAUGGUUUCUCUUCAGAAAAACUCUCAACAUAUCUGCAGCGGAUUCCUAAUUUCUGAUGAGUUUGUGUUGACUGCCACACAUUGCGGAAAGAACCAGCAAGAGCUCAUCGAUCGUUAUCUUCAUCAUGACCAUCAUCAUCUCUCUGCUCCUGCACCUGACCUUCACUGCUCGUGUGAGUGUGGGUAUAGUGAACGGCAGAGAAGCAAAACCUCACUCCAGACCUUACAUGGUUUCUGUCCAAGCGAAGAAGCAACAUAUCUGCGGUGGAUUCCUCAUUUCUGAUAGAUUUGUCAUGACUACUGCAGACUGCAGAAACAAUUGUCCAGUCCUGACAGUUGUGCUAGGUGCACAUGACCUACAACAAAACACUUUGGACCGAAUAAAAGUGGAUUUCUACCAUGAGCAUCCGAACUAUAACAAGAAAACCUUUCAUAAUGACAUUAUGCUUUUGAGGCUAGAAAAACAUGUGGAACUAAACGACAAUAUCAAGUGGAUAUCCAUACCAAUGAAAGAAGAUGAUAUCGAAGCAGAUACUGUUUGUAGUGUCGCAGGAUGGGGAAGUUUAAAAACAAAUGGGACAGGAAACAACCGUCUCAUGGAGACAGAUGUGACAGUCUUGAAUAACAAGGAAUGUGAAUGUAAAUGGGGGGGAAAAGACUAUUCAACUUCAGAGAUGAUGUGUGUAUAUGGCAUUGGAGGAAGCUGUAAUGGGGAUUUAGGAGGUCCUUUGGUUUGUGGAGACACUGCAGUCGGUGUAACAUCCUUCGGGGACCCUCGUCACUGUAAUUCACUAAAACUACCUGAAGUUUAUAUUAAGAUUUCAGCAUAUCUUCCAUGGAUAAAGAACAUUAUUGGAAAUGUUAAUUGAAUUAAUUAAAGAUGAAAUGGGGUGAUUUUUGUUUUUUUAAGGUUGAGUUGAUUUGCUGCCAAAUCUUCAUUCAAUAAACAUAAUAAUCAUUGUAAUAUACAUAAAAAUGUGCUGUGUGCCUUUUUCUCAUUUAAAAAAAAUAAACAAAAUAAAAAUUACAGCAUAAAAAAACAGCAGUUAAGAAAGCAUCUGGUCAUAGCUAUGUGGAUGUGUUCACACAAGCUUUGCAAUUCACCGGCAUCAUGAGAUGAGGUCAUGAAAAAAU